AUGGCUGCGGAGAUGGUGUUGUCAGAUAGCGCGGCCUGGGGCUCCCAGGAGCUCACAAACGCAGCAGCUGCUGUCGCCAAGGCCGCAGCAGUGGGCAAGGAGGGCGGCAAGGGGCCCGCCGCAGCCCCGCGCGCCGCCCAGGGCGCCAUGGUGGUUGUGGUGGGCGCGGGGCCCGCCGGCCUGCUGGCCGCCCACUUUCUGGCGCGCCACCACGGCUGCCGCGUGGAGGUGUACGACCGGCGGGGCCACCCGGGGCCCAUCCCCAUCAGGCCUGGCGACGAGGACGACGACGAUCGAGCCUUUGCCCUCGCCAUGAACGUGCGCGGCGGCGGCGCGGUGGCGGCCGCGGGCCUCGACCCCGCCGCCUUCACCUCUGUGCCGGGCACCCACAUGUGUGAGGUGCGCGACACGGUGCUGGCGCGAGGGGACGGGCUGCCGCGGGUGGGCGGCGGCCGCGGCUCCGCCAUCACCAUCGCCUUUGACCAGCCGCGGGUGGUGGGCAGCCGGCAGGCCUUUGUGCGCGCACUGCUGCAUCAGGUGGAGCAGCAGCAGGCGGCGGCGGCGGCGGCGGCGGGCGGCAGCGCCAAGGGAGGCAGCGUGGCCUUCCACUGGGGCCAGCCCUUUGUGUCUGCCGACCUGGCGGCCCGCACCGCCACCUUUGAGAAGGGCGAGGUCGGCGCCACCUUUUCUGUCGAGUACGACCUGCUGGUGGCGGCAGAUGGGUACUGGAGCAGGGUGCGGCGCGCCGCCGAGCGCCAGGCCGCCGACCUGUGUGUGACCACCUCCCCACCCAACCACCAAUACAAGGUGGUGCGCGGCCUGCGCCCCGUGCCCCACCUGCGCCUGGGCCCCGCUGCGGGCCAGUCCGGCUACGGCAGCCUGUUCAUGGUGACGGAGGCAAAGGCGGGGGUGCGGGCCGCCGGGGGCGGGCCGCCGGGCAGCUUCUUCAUGAGCCAGCCUUCUGAGGAGGCGGGCGUGACUGCGGUGCUGUCGAUGGUGCAUGCGCGGUGGCAGGGGCUGGAGGGCGGUACGGCUGCGGCGUACCGCGAGCUGCUGCGCGUGGGAUACCCCUCGCUGCCCGACAGCUGGGCGGAGGAGAUGGCCGCCCAGCUGGCGGUGCGCCCGCUGUACGACACGGGCAUGCAGGUGCACGCCUCGCAGCUGCACGCCCCCGGGGUGGUGCUCCUGGGGGAUGCGGGACACGCCGUGUCCCCCGCCACCUCCAACGGCAUGAACAGUGCCCUGGAGGAUGCGCUGGUGCUGUCGCAGGCGCUGGAGGCGUGCGGCGGCGACCUGGCGGCGCUGCCCGAGCGCUACACCGCUGCGCGGCUGGAGGACGCGCACGCCCUGCAGUGGAUGGACCGCGCCAUGUCGGCGCUGGUGGGGCGGGGCGGCGCGGCGGCGGCCCUCAAGGCCUCCCUGGUCGCGCGUGUGAUUCUGUCCAAGGCCACGGGAGGCUGGGUGCGCCCCCACGCCCUUGUGCUGCUCAAGGACGGCAGCCUGCCGUACGGCGAGGCUGCCAGGCAGGUGCGGCGCGACGCGGCGGUGGCGAAGCUGGUCGCCACGGGGCUGGGGGUGGCGCUGGUGGCGGCGUGGCUCAAGGGGAAGGCCCACUGA